AUGAGUACUCAAAACAUUGUAAAAACAGAUAAGUCAGCUCAUGAUAGAACUCUUUCACCACCUCAAGUAAAUACUCAAUCUCCACCAUUGACAGAUGGUUCAAUUGUUCUAGCCAAGGUAAAAGGAUUUCCACCAUGGCCGGGAAUGAUUAUUCCACAGACUUCUGCUCCUAUAAAUGUGUUGCUGAACAGGCCAAAGAACGGUUUAUCGUCUUCAAGACAUCGCAAAAAAACGAAAAUUAUACUUCGAAAAUCUAAAGUGAAAUCAAGACAGGGUGUUUCUAAGCUGAUAUCAUCUGAAGAAUCAAGUUUGGUAUCCGAAAAAGAUUUAAUGCAAGUUUAUUUAGUCAAAUUUUUCAUUGGUAAUGAUUAUAUGUGGGCUAAUCAAUUGGAUCUACUUAAGUUGAGUUCUGAAAUAAUUGAGAAAUUUCUAAACGAAAUUCCUGUUAAAAAAUCUCAACGUUUGCUUCAUGAAGCUUAUAAAGUUGCAAAAAAUCCACCAACAUUGGCCGAAUUUUUAGGUUCGGAGGUUCAAGAGGACAAUGAAGGUACUGCUGAUGAUGCUUCUGAUAGUUUAAAAAAUUCUGAAAAUAAAAAAAUAUAUUCAUUAACUGAAGAAAAAAUUGAUUUAAAUAGUAAUUCCACAAAAAGAAACGAUUUUUCCAAAAUUUCUUUGAAACGUAAAACCCAAACUUCUACCAGCCUGAAAAUCAAUUCCAAGAAACAAAGAAAGCUUACUUCAAGCACUUCUAAUACUCUCGAAACUUCCUCAAUCAAAACAUCAAAAGUUAAAUCUCCCUGUUCUGAAAAAUGGUAUACAAUCAAAAACAUCGAUGAUGCAAGUGAUAAUACCCUGAGAGUGAAAGAUUGCGAUAAGGGGUGCUGGGAAAACAAAUUUGGAUAUAAAUAUAAGUUUGGAAUCGAUUUUAAUGACUAUUCACAGGAAGCUUUUAAACCAGAAAUUCUCAAAUUCAAUAGCUUUCCACCUGCAAAUGAGCUUAGUAAAUCUAUUCAAGCCAAUUUAAAAACUUUAGAAGAAAUAAGACUUUUUUUUCAAGAUGUUCUUUUAUCAUACCAUUGCAACAGGCAUAUUGAACUUGAUUCAAAGGUUAAUUUUGAUCGCAACUUCAAUGAAAAUGAUUUAAAAACCUCAAAAUCUAGCAAAAAUACUGAUGAAAAAGUUAGUUAUUCAGGUAUUCUUUUGAGUAAGGAGGAUGAAAAAUCAUUAUCAAACGAAGAUUCAAAGAAAAUAAUUUUCUUCAACCAAAAUGAAAAUUUAAGAACAGAAGAUCUCUCUCUGAAAGAAGCCUUCGAUGUUGUCGCUAAUCACGAUCCUCUGGAAUUAAACCACAAAUUGUCGAUUUUAGAAAACUAUUCACGAAACAAAAUUCCUGAGUUUUUAAUUUUUAAAUCAAACAUCCAUCGGGUGUUUAUUGAGUAUUUGAAGAUAGAACGCCAGACCAAUGUUAAAACAACUAAUCCACAUAUCUCCAAACGAAUUAAAAAUUUGUUAAAUCUCUGGAUAUCAUCUAACGGUAAUUCCAUAGAAAACAUUCUUUAUUAA